CUUCCUCCUCUUCCGAAACUUACAAUUCGCCGACCUGUCGAAGCCAAUGCGAACCCGUGCCUAACAAUCAUGGCCACGAUGUUGGGGUGCUGGGCGUCCAAUGGCCACACAUCAACCAGCUGCGCAUCAUUAGAGACGAAUUUGCGGAGUUGUAUGGAUGCUCGGAAACCCGCCGCUUCACAGAGAUCUCCCAUCAAUUCGCAGCUUUCACGAUUAUACCCACAGAUCAGAGGACCUUACAAGAGA